GCUACCAUCUUCCGCAUGAUGCACGGCCCAGGCGUGCUCGCGCGGGCAAGGACGAACUUGAGUUCCACUUGGGCGCGGCAGCUUUUGUGGAAGCGAUGCCAGAAGGGGGCACCCGAGAAAUUUGACGAGUUGGCAAAAGUUUUGCUGUGUCUCUCCGUUGAGGCCCUGGUGCAGAAGAGUUGGCGCUGGUACGGGCCGUUGAUGUUCCGCCGGCGUUUGGAGCAGGUCCGUUUGUCUGGAGACCGCACAGACAUUCUUGCCAUCGAUGGCAACGCCAAGUUGUACCGCCGAACGUGCGGCAUGCCUUUCUCUCACGUGGUCUACUGCGCCGAGCUGGACAAAUACCUUUUGCGAGGGUGCCCAGACCGUCCGCAUGGGAAGGGGGCGAUGUGCUGCAAGCGUGCCAAGGCGUUAGUGGCUGACCCGCCGGCGCCGCACGAGACUGUAUGCAACCACCGGUUGCGCCGAGCCCUGCAUGGGCCAGAUGAUUGGCUCCCCCUGGAGGUGCAGCUGAAAGGCUUUGCGCGUCGCUGGCAGCCCGCGUGCGCUGUCUCUCCAGAUGCGCUGGCUUCGUAUUUCGGCACUGGGGCUGACGCGCGCAUCCAAGCGCGCCGGGCUCGCCGCAUGGCGCUUCGAAAGCAGGGCGCGGCCGGCAAGAAAGGGCGCAAAGAAAAGAGCUUCAUGACAUCUCGGGGCUCGAACGGGCCACGCGCCGCUUCCGAGUGUUCCACGCGCAAGGAGACGGACGCGCACAUCGUUGCAGCCGCCCCCGCAGCGGGCUUCCUGACGGCCGUAUCCGCGUCUGGCAUUCUGGCGCACGUGGAAGAGCUCAUGCGCGCUGAGCCCCUCAGCCAGCGGUACCGAUUCCUCGCCAUAGUGGCGGCCCACAUGCCCGACCUCAAGAUUGUCGUCCACGACGACGCGUGCCACCUGCGCCUCAUGGCGGAGAAGAACGGGGAGGGCGCCGCCGUGGCUGCGCGGUUGGCAACCGAGGCGGCUUACAUUGUCGACGAUUACCAUUCCAGCGGGCCAACUGCCUUGUUGAGCAAGUUCCCCACAAACAUCAGCGAAAUCAUGAACUGCGAGUUGUCCCCGCUGGGCCACGUGAUCCACCACGUGGGCCGGUGGGCCUCCCAGUUCUACGUGCAAGAGAUGGUGGGCGCGUUGAACAUGAAGACGCUGGGGCGCAUGAGGGGCGCCCAGGCCACUGCCGCCAGGAAGGUAGCUCGGGCGAGCGAGGCCGCCUCGGCCUCGGCCGAGAAGAAGCCGAGACAGCUCUGA